GGCCGUAGCGGUGCGUUCACGGACUUUUUUCCGGACUGUUUGAAAGUUGUCAACAGAGGGAAGAAGAAGAAGGAGAAGAAGGAGAAGAAGAAGAAGAAGAAGAAGAAGAAGAAGAAGAAGAAGAAGAAGUAGAAGUAGAAGAAGUAGUGGAGCGGAGAGUGUGAGCGGCUUCACACCGACAGCAGAGCUCGGACGAGGAGGAAUGGGCUGCAGCCACAGCAAGAAGAAAAGCAAAGGCAAGAAGGGAGAUAAGACGCAGAAAGACAAGAGCCGGCGAGAUGAAGGAGGUAAACGGACAUCAGGUGAGCAGGACGUCUGCCUGGAGAAGCAGCUGGAGCGGUUCGAGUGGCAGCUGAGGAUUUUAAAGGAGGUGCUCUCGGCCAAUGGGAACCCAGAGAGGGCGGAGCUUCUGAAAGACCACGCCGACGAGGACGUGUGCGCCCUCGUCCUGAGCAUCCUCGAUAAGGUGAAAACGGAGACGACGGCUGAUUUAAACGUCCUGCAUGAACAGAAAAGUAAAACUGCUACUGAGGAACAUGAGAGACACGUGGAAGAGCUGCAGAAAAGACACGAACAGGAGAGAAGUCAGCUGACGGAGACGUUUCAUGCCGCCGAGAUCGUCCUUAAGGGUAAAGUGGAGGAGCUGACGGAGGAGCUGCAGGUUUACAACGAGCUGAAGAGGAGAGUCCAAGAAUCCACGUUUAAGAAAGACCUGCAGAGAAACAUUAAGGCCCACGGCAGCCCAGGUGCAUUCUGGGAGUCGGAGCAGGAGUCUCUGCUGUUCGUCAUUGAGAUGAAGAGUGAGCGUGUGCAGGAGCAGAGCAGGAAGCUGCAGCAGAUGGACGCUCUGGUUGAGAAGAAUUUGUCUUUGGAGGAUCAGAUCAUCCACAUCCUGCAGCAGAACGAGGAUCUGAGAGUCCGGAUCGACAACUGCCAGACUCUCAUCCAGCAGUUAUCAAAGGAGCAGCAGGACCUGAAGGUGGCGCUGGAGAGGCAGGCAGCUGUAAACCAGAAGCUUUCUCAGGAAAAAGAGCAGCUGAUGUUCAAACUGAGACACAGAGACUCGUGUCCGACCAUCCUCCUGCCAACCAUGGUGCAGGAGAUCGCACCGAGAUGACUCUGACCAUACGAGCCUGGUUGUGGAUCCUGCGUGUCCUCGUUGUAGAGAGAAACCAGACUGUGUUUGACUGUACACGUGCCCAUAAUUGUUCUCAAGGUAACACGCACCUGGCCUGGUUUUUACUCAACCCCAAACUGGGGCAAGAGCUACACGUCCCACCAACCACCAACAGGUACCACCGUCACAGUUCCGCUGCUCUGGGUGCAGGUUUAAAGGCUCUAAAGCUACAUCCUGUCCACAUCAGCGCAGAUUUUUAAAACAAGACUGAACACUUCUGUUCAACUGCAUCUCCACUGGUAAUCGUUCUUAUUCUAGCGUGCAGUUGAGCGGGUUUACCACUGAACGGCUAGGGCUUAAAUAUGAUCCUGGACCCACAAAACCACUACAGUCACUCAGGUAUCACUGCAGCAGCUCUGCUACAGCAGAUACAUGGACUCAAAGCUGGAUCCUGUGUGUACAUACUUUAUUGAGCCAGACAACAGUUUGGACCUCAGACCAUCGUGGGUGAAGGUGCAGCUCCACUGAUGUGCUGUCUGUUCAUCUAGGUUUCGUUUUUGAUUCUUUAUUGACAGAUCAUUGUGUUGUAUGUUAGGACUGUUGAAAUGUUUUGAAAGGCUUUUACAACUUUCAGAACGGACUUCAUCAGUUCAGCCAGAAGAAAGUUUUAUUCUGUCAAAGGAAUUUAAAAAACUGAGAAGGACAGAUCAGUGUGGCAGCACCUUAAAUGCUUGGUCACUCCAGAAUCUUGCUUGGCAACUGUCAGGUAGCGGCCUAGCCAGCUUGGCUGCCAUCUCCUGUCUCAUGACUGAUGUCGGAUCAUGCCGCAUCUGUUUUGUGGAGCGGUUUAUACUCUACUAGAGCAGGAUUAUAUAAAACUAGAUGGUUUGAAACAGCUAAUACGAAAGCUUCCUCCAUUUUGAACUCUGCGGUUCGCUCUGUUCCCUCAACGCUCGUUGGUUUGCACAGUUUUCAGAAGUUCAGCUCUUUGCAAAAACUCAGUGCAGACCUACUUUGCCUCCACAAACAAAUCCACUACUCGCUGAAAUUAAUGUUUCUGUGUUGCUUUCUGCAUUUUGGGUUUUUUGUUUUUGUUUUUUUUCUGACCAGGCCUUAGUACUGUACAGUUCUACGAUCUACCUGUCCGCCAAAGUGCCUGAGACCUUAAUAAGACACACAGGAAGACAUUCUGACGUCAAGCUGGAUCUUCUGAGCCCAUGUUGAUUGAAGUCAGUCGAUGUAGAUGCAUUGCUUCCAAAGCUAGCAUGCAUUAAACAUGGCUUACCUCAAAACGCUGAGGUUUCAAACAUACUUACUGGAUGAUGGCUUCCAGUCCUCACUGUGUUGACUCCAUGCUGUAGUUCAUGUGGGUGAAGCCAGACUACUGUAUUUUCCCAGGGAAAAUUAGUUUGAAAAGCAUGUCCUCUCUUAAUGGAACACCAUGCUUCAUCACUGAUACAACUAUAGUCUUUUACUGGUGGACACUGAGUAUCUUCUCGUGGGUUUUGAGAAUUAGUUCCUUGCUCAGGGGCACAAGGAUUGUAUUUGAGAGGCUGUUAGUAGUCCAGCGUUCCCAUAACUGACGUUGCACAACCAGCAGUGGAGCUUUGAGUAGCGCUUCGGUUCCGCCAAGAUUUUGUGCAUCACUUCAGGUUGUUGAUGGAAAGAAACCUACGGCUUCUUUCAAGAACUACUUAAUGUCAGAAGAACCAGAGAGUACUGUUGGGGCGGUCCAUUACUUUUUCUAAAGGGGGUUUCUUCAGGAAAGUUCAAAUGUUCCCCGACAAUUGCAAUCAUUAGACCCCUAAAGGUAUUACAGCUUCCCUCAAAGGCUGUUACUUUUUAAUGUGUAAGCGUCCAUUGGAGUAAGAGGGACAAUGAGCCAAUAGGCAUCUUAGAGAUCCUCACAAGAAAACAUGACCUCAGGGGAUUUUGUAGGAUCCUAUCAGGUUUCCCUCUGACUGCUAACUAGGACCCUUAAACGUCCCACUUGCUCAAAAUAUUCACAAGUUCAAUAUAUACCCCUGGACGUCCUGCUGGAAAGUGUAAGCGUGUAAACCCUCUGGAUUCACGAACCCUGGAACAAACCAAACAAAGCUGGAAGGUGACGCAGCUUCAGCAGAGUCAUACCCACAUAUACCCUGAUUCUCCUAGUCCUGUUCAAACCUAAAGCCAAAUGUUUAGUCUCGUACUCUAGUUUUUUGUGUUUACGUUCUUGUUCUUGGUUUCACUGAAGUGUCUCACAGCUUCUUCCCGAACACCUCUUGAUGUUAGUUCCGGUCGACUCCUUUCGACGUACUGCUCUGUUCAUUGCUGCUGUUGGAUGAAGACAUCGACAUCAAUUUCAGCGUCCAAUGUAAAUACACCAUGUUCAGGAGGAAAAUACAACCACAAUGAGGCCUGAGUAUUUUGGGGUUUUUUUUUUUUAAUGUGUUUGAGGAGCCACAGAGUCUCAAAACAUUUGCUCAACAAAUCAUUGACUUUCGUUUUUGUUCAAUAAAAAAUUACAGCUAGAAAAAUGGAUCAGUGUUUGUAGCAAGCACGUUAGUGUCUCAGCUUAAAGGGCACCAGUGUUGAUAACUUUUGGAUGUGGAUCAUUAUUAAUUUUGUGAGUCAACAAUUACAACAGUUACAAUUUUGGCAAUCCUUUAAUCAUUUCAUCCAGUGAAACCAACAGGUUUUAGUGCCCAAUACUUUGGUACAUCCGUCUAGAACUAACGACCGACUUCAUAUCAGCUUCCCUGUAAAUGCUAACAUGCUGACAUUAGAGUUUAAACAUGGUAAAUCCUCUGUUUACAUGUAAGUCUGCAUCUUUCGCGUGUUGACAUCCAAAAAUGAUAAAUGUCAGCAUGUCAACAUCCAGCAGUUAGUAAAAUGCCUGCUGACAUGUUAAUGUUUGCACAUUAGCGUUCAGCGCUAAUUACCGCUCAGGUACGGCUUAGUGGUGAAGGCCGAGUCCAGUGUUUAGCUAAGUUGCAAUUACAAGUCGCAAAGUCUGAUUUUUCUGAAAUAUCUCGUCUCGGAGCUUUAUAAUACAGAGGUGCCCGACAUGUCUGUGGCUCGCUUCACCCAGUGAAACUCACCUUCCCCGCGGCUCAGAAUUACGAGCCGGAGGCUGACGUCUUUUUUCCCGCCACUCGGCUGCUCGUGAUUGCUGUUUAAAUGUAUUGCUCUUUAAAGUUAUAUAUGUGAACGUGGCAUAAGUAAACGUCCGAGUCGUAAUCACAACUCAGAAACCACUUUUUCCUGAAAGCUCUGAUCUUGCCACUUUACAAUAAAGAGGUGCCCGAAAAGUCGAAGAAAGGCGGGUCCCCCACAUGUAAACAUAAGUACCAGUUAGCAAGCCAGCUAGCUCCGUUGUCAGAGAUACAGUAAGCUAAAACAGGAAAUUAAAGGACAGGCGUUUGCGCCACGGGCUCCUGACUGUUGGCAGACUGCAGACCAUGCUGCAUCUCUCCUGUGAAGCUCCAGCGGAGCAGAGUUUUGUAACACUGGAUGGUGCAACAACUAAUAUUAAAGCUCCUGGGCUCUCUGUCCCCACAGAGUCAGCUCUGUGCAAAUGGCUAGAAACUGAACAACAGUGCAAAUUUGUGUGUCGGAGUUCACCCAAGUUUCCUGGGACUUAGAUUUUUCCAACUGCGGCUAUUCCAUCGCAGUGAAUCGAUUCUGGUCAGAAAUUCUGCUGGUGUGACCGAGCCUUCAGUCUUGUUCCUCAUUCACAGCUCUUUUCCUUGUCUAAUGUUUAAAGCAUGUUUUAAGAACUACUUGAUAAACAACCACAGAACAAUAAUCACUGUAAACUUCUUGCCUUUAAAAAGCUUGAUAACUUGAUAUAUUUUGUUACUUUUUAAAGAUGUGAAAAAAAUCGCCAUUAUUUCAGCUUAGUUUUCCUUUUCUUUUUGUGAACGUGACAAUUUGUAGGACUUGUGGGAUGUGACGUUUGUAACCGCCAAAAAAAAAAAAAAAAAGAAAGCAUUUGUCAGUGUUUCAACAACACUUUCUCCUUAUGCACUAGCACUUUGACCAGGAUUUUACCAGGAGUUUGUAUAAGAGAGACUUCUGUCAUGUUGUAUACUUCUGAAUUUUCUCAGCUUCUUACUUGUAAAAACGUAUUCAGUCUUUUCCUGGUUGGAUCAGAGUCCAGCCGUGUGUUUUCAGCGUGCCUUAGGUACACUCCGAUUUUCCUUUUUAUUUUGUUUUUGGCUUGACUAAAUAAAAAAGCUGCAACUAAAACAGAUCAUCAUGUCUAUAAUGUCUGUAUUUGCUAAAGACCCCGAAGGUCCCAGAGAUGAUAUUUUAUCUUGUGGACAUAAGAUUCGUGUCUUAGAUUAUUACGUUUUUGGGGACGAGAUCAUACAGUAGAUUAUUAAUUUAUGUUGGUUUGUGGGUUGAAUGACUGUGAACAUGCUGCAGGAUGAAUCUGGGACGAUCAGACGCCUCCUGAUGGGACUGAUGGUGGAGAGGAACCUGAACGUCUGCAGUGCCUCAUACUUUAGCUCAGUCAAUAUAUACAUCUUAUGAAUAGAUGAUACAGAAAACACACAUUAUAACAAAAUAGAAAAAGUAAAAUGUCGCCCGUCAGACUCUAGUCUGCCCUAAGGGUGUUGACAUUGAAGUGUCAUUAGUUAAUUACAACUGGUGCACCAGAUUUUAGCAACGUGAUCUUAUGUGUCUUAUCUGAUCUGAUCUAACAAAUGUAAAGUUUUAGGUUUUCUGGAACCUUGGUGGCAGGUUGGUUUGAAACACCAUCAUCUAGGCUGAAGAGCCGGGUUUGUUUCCCUCCAGGGACCAUACUGAGAUGUGACCUGGCUUAACUACUCCAGGCCAUAGCGGUGUUGUCACUGUUAGAGGUCUGGCUCCUCGACCUGGGAAGAAUUGAUCUUUAAUAACUCUGUGCCCGGAACAGAAACUAACUGGGCUUUUACUGUUGCUGCAGCUGCACAGGAGGUAAUGUAAAGCU